UGUUUUGGGUCAAAGGGUACAAAACGGCAAGAACUGGAGCAAAUUUUGGCCAUUUGAUUGUGUCUGUGUGUGCGUUUUUCCAGUGGGAUGCUAAUGAUGUGAUUUGUGUGUGAUCGCGUCCUGGUGUUAGCCGGAAAUUGACGGACCCUCCCUGUGGUGAUUUUUAUGGUGCCGGAGAACUGUCAAAGCUUAUAAAAAUACAUUAGAUAUUUUCAUUGUUCUAAAAAAUGAACGAGAAUAGUGGCGUGUACGAUGCACAAGAGAGUGAAAAGCAGCCCCUUCUGGCAAAUGAACCCACAACUUACAAUGGAGAGACAGGAGUGGGCCAACAGGCGACUGUCUCUCCUAUCGGACCCGACGAGUUGCCCCCGCCCUUUUACCAGGCUUCCGAAAGUGGCGGAGUCCCAAUGGUAACAUGUCGCGUGUGUCAGGCAAUGGUUGAUAUUUCCGGUAAAAGAGACCAGCACGUGGUUAAAUGUGGACAGUGCAAUGAAGCUACGCCAAUUAGAAAUGCUCCUCCUGGCAAAAAAUACGUGCGUUGUCCCUGUAACUGCCUCUUAAUCUGUAAAAGUUCAUCACAAAGGAUCGCUUGUCCAAGACCAAAUUGUAAAAGAAUUAUUAAUUUAGCCCCCAGUCCUGUCACUCCACCUGUACCGUCAAUGCCAGGGAUGUGCAGGGUGACUUGUGGGCAUUGUCAUGACACUUUUCUGUUUAACACGCUAAAUAACGCGUUAGCACGCUGCCCCCACUGUCGGAAAGUGUCAUCAGUGGGCCCCGACUAUGCAAGAGGUAGAGGUAACAUAUUUUUCAUUUUAGCCGUGAUAUUUCUAUGCAUUGGGAUUGGAACGACGGCGGGUACUUACAUGUAUGCCAAAAGCCAUAACGGGAUUUAUGUGUUAUAUGUGGGAGCUUUUAUACUAGCAAUAGUGAUGCUUCUCCGUAGUAUGUAUUAUUGCUUUAUGAAAGUCAGUAUCAUAGAAGGUCCCAUGUAAAUAACUUGUAUGUGAAUGUAUAUACAGAAGUAUGCACGUUUGCCACACGAACAAACAAACUUGUUUGCCUCUUUUUCGCAAUUAAUACAAUUUAACGAUUGCACAAAUUAAUCAAAGUGCUGUUUGUGAUUUUUAUUCUAAGUGAACGCGAGACAUGCAUACUUCUUGGAUUUAUUUAUGUAGAAUAAUAGGCUCCUCUAGUGAUAAACAAAAUUUGUUUUUUACUUUCUCUAGGAGUAGGUAAUUGAAAAAAAUACAAUAAAAUAUCUACUAUAAUCUAAUACCAUUCAUCCGCUUAUUUCCGUAAUUCGAGACCCGCAAGAACUAUUUAUUCAUUACUGUUGGUUGUUUAUACAUUCCCAAAGGACUACUGGUUUCUUUGAUCACGUUUGUGUGUGUACAUAUUUCUAUUAUAAGUUGGUUGUAUUAUAAUUUUAAUUCUCUAUGUAAAAUUCAAUUCUUUAUCGAUCGUAAAUAUACAGACUGUAUGAGUAAAGGCGAGUGAUAAAAUAAAAUAUUUUUAAACUU